CCGGCGCAAGGAGAGAUUGGCCCGUCGGGCGAGGCCCCCCACAGUCGAUCAGCAUGGAGAACGGGCACAGCAAGACCACCGAGGAGUGCGUGGCGUACUUUGGGGUCAGCGAGCACACCGGCCUCUCCCCCGAGCAGGUCAAGAAGAACUUCGAUAAGUAUGGGCCAAAUGAGCUCCCAGCAGAAGAAGGCAAAACACUUUGGCAACUGGUAGCUGAGCAGUUUGAGGAUCUCCUUGUCCGAAUUUUAUUGCUGGCAGCUUGCAUCUCCUUUGUGCUGGCUUGGUUUGAGGAAGGGGAGGAGACGAUCACAGCCUUCGUGGAGCCUUUUGUCAUCCUGCUGAUCCUCAUCGCCAACGCAGUGGUGGGCGUGUGGCAGGAGCGCAACGCCGAAGAUGCCAUUGAGGCCCUGAAGGAGUAUGAGCCCGAGAUGGGGAAGGUGUACCGGACGGACAAGAAGCUGGUCCAGCGGAUCAAGGCUCGGGAGAUUGUCCCCGGUGACAUCGUGGAGGUAGCAGUUGGUGACAAGGUCCCUGCAGACAUCAGGAUCAUCAACAUCAUAUCGACCACCCUACGCGUCGACCAGUCCAUCCUGACAGGUGAAUCGGUCUCCGUGAUCAAGCACACGGAACCCAUUCCAGACCCUCGAGCUGUUAACCAGGACAAGAAAAACAUGCUGUUUUCCGGCACCAACAUCGGAGCGGGCAAAGCCACCGGAGUGGUGGUAGCCACCGGAGUGAGCACGGAGAUUGGCAAGAUUCGGGACCAGAUGGUUGGUACAGAGCAGGAAAGGACACCCCUGCAGCAGAAGCUGGACGAGUUCGGGGAGCAGCUCUCCAAGGUCAUCUCCCUCAUCUGCGUGGCCGUCUGGAUGAUCAACAUCGGCCACUUCAACGACCCAGUCCAUGGGGGUUCCUGGAUCCGGGGAGCUGUUUACUACUUCAAGAUCGCUGUCGCUCUUGCAGUGGCUGCAAUCCCUGAAGGUUUGCCCGCUGUGAUCACCACCUGCUUGGCAUUGGGUACCCGGCGUAUGGCCAAGAAGAAUGCCAUUGUUAGGAGCUUACCCUCUGUGGAGACCCUUGGCUGCACCUCAGUCAUCUGCUCCGAUAAAACUGGAACCUUGACCACCAACCAGAUGUCCGUGUGUAAGAUGUUCGUCCUCGAUAAGGUGGAGGGGGACGUGUGCACGCUAAACGAGUUCUCCAUCUCGGGAUCGACCUACGCCCCGGAGGGAGAAGUACAUCGGAAUGAUAAACCAGUCAAAAGUGGUCAGUAUGAUGGCUUGGUGGAACUGGCAACCAUCUGUGCCUUGUGCAACGACUCAUCCCUUGACUUCAAUGAGGCCAAGGGCAUCUAUGAGAAGGUCGGUGAAGCCACAGAGACGGCCUUGGUGUGCCUCGUGGAAAAGAUGAACGUCUUUAACACGGACGUCCGCUCCAUGUCCAAAGCAGAACGGGCCAAUGCCUGCAACUCGGUUAUUAAGCAGCUGAUGAAGAAGGAGUUCACUCUGGAAUUCUCACGAGACCGGAAGUCCAUGUCCGUCUACUGCAGUCCGGCCAAAGCAUCUCGUGCUGCCGUUGGGAACAAGAUGUUUGUUAAGGGCGCCCCCGAAGGGGUGAUUGACCGCUGCAACUACGUGCGUGUGGGCACCACCCGGGUGCCGCUCACCGCUGCCAUACGGGACAAGAUCUUGACGGUCAUCAAGGAGUGGGGGACGGGCAGAGACACCCUGCGGUGCCUGGCUCUGGCCACAAGGGACACACCGCCCAAGAGGGAGGACAUGAACCUGGAGGACUCGACAAAGUUCGUGCUAUAUGAGUGCGACAUGACCUUCGUGGGAGUGGUGGGGAUGCUCGACCCACCCCGCAAGGAGGUGAUCGGCUCCAUCCUGCUGUGCCGGGAGGCUGGCAUCCGGGUCAUCAUGAUCACCGGUGACAACAAGGGCACAGCUGUGGCCAUCUGCCGGAGGAUCGGCAUCUUCGGCGAGGAUGAGGACGUGGCCGGCAAGGCCUUCACCGGCCGGGAGUUUGAUGACCUUCCGGCCACCGAGCAGCGGAAGGCCUGCCACAACGCCAGCUGCUUCGCCCGCGUGGAACCUGCCCACAAGUCCAAGAUCGUGGAGUUCCUGCAAUCCUUCGAUGAGAUCACCGCCAUGACAGGUGAUGGAGUGAACGACGCACCCGCCCUGAAGAAGGCCGAGAUCGGCAUCGCCAUGGGAUCCGGCACAGCGGUGGCCAAGAGCGCUUCGGAGAUGGUGCUGGCCGAUGACAACUUCUCCAGCAUCGUGUCGGCCGUGGAGGAGGGUCGUGCCAUCUACAACAACAUGAAGCAGUUCAUCCGAUACCUCAUCUCCUCCAACGUGGGUGAGGUGGUCUGUAUCUUCCUGACAGCCGCUCUGGGGUUACCAGAGGCUCUGAUCCCCGUCCAGCUCCUGUGGGUGAACUUGGUGACUGACGGUUUACCUGCUACAGCCCUUGGCUUCAACCCGCCCGAUCUCGACAUUAUGAACAAGCCCCCCCGGAGCCCGAAGGAGCCUCUGAUCAGCGGCUGGUUGUUCUUCCGUUACAUGGCGAUCGGAGGUUACGUGGGCGCUGCCACGGUGGGAGCUGCGGCCUGGUGGUUCAUGUACGCCGAAGACGGUCCCAGGGUGACCUACCAUCAGCUGUCACACUUUAUGCACUGUACAGAUGAGCACGUUGAUUUUGAAGGAGUUGAGUGUGAUAUCUUUGAGGCGUCUGAACCAAUGACCAUGGCCUUGUCUGUCCUGGUGACGAUUGAGAUGAGCAACGCUCUGAACAGCCUGUCAGAGAACCAGUCCCUCAUCAGGAUGCCGCCGUGGUUAAAUGGUUGGCUGCUGGGUUCCAUCUGCCUCUCCAUGUCACUCCACUUCUUCAUCCUCUAUGUUGACCCACUGCCGCUCAUCUUCAAGUUGACUCACCUGACCUUCACCCAGUGGUUGGUGGUGCUAGAGAUCUCGUUCCCUGUCAUCCUUAUAGAUGAAGUCCUGAAGUUCUUUGCCCGCAACUAUCUUGAAGCAAAAGAGCACAUUUAAAGAAGGGGAAACGGCUGAAGAAAUGAACAAUCGUAUAUAAAUUAAUAUUUAUAUAUAUAUUUAUAUAUAUAUAAAAAAAAAAGACUAAA